GUUGGAAGCGAAAGCCCUAUGAGCAGCAGUGCAUUGUCCUCUCCCGACAGAGAGGCUGGUGAUAUCACCCAGUUUCUCCCACAAUCUGAGUCCCUUUCAUUUUUACUUCAAAUUCUUGCCCUUCGUGGAAGACGAGUGCGAUUUGAAAGACCGUGGAGAACUGGAAUGUCAACUCGUGUUUGCCUCUUGAAAUCUCGCUACUUAGGGGUACGUAUCGGCGAAGUACUAGACGGCCGCUACAGAGUUUUCGGGUAUACUGGAGCAGGAGUAUUUGGAAAUGUGGUCAGAUGCACAGAUCAGAACCGAAAUGACGUAGUUGCCAUCAAGAUCAUUCGGAACAACGAGAUAAUGCGAAAAACUGGUCUCCGAGAAUUGGAAGUGUUACGUAAGUUGAAUGAAGCGGAUAGGGAAGACAGAUUUCAUUGUCUACAGCUGUAUCGCACCUUCUAUCAUCACAAUCAUCUGUGCCUCUGCUUUGAAAAUCUGAGCAUGAAUUUGCGAGAGUUACUCAAGAAGUACGGUAAUAACGUCGGUUUGCACAUGAAGGCUGUUCGAAGCUAUGCCCAUCAACUGCUCAUGGCUCUGCGACUGCUGAAGAAAUGUGGUCUUGUCCAUGCCGACAUUAAGCCUGAUAAUAUUUUGGUAAACGAAUCCAAACUGGUACUGAAGCUAUGUGAUUUCGGAUCAGCUGGCCACGUACGGGAUCAGGAAAUCGCUCCAUAUCUCGUCUCCCGAUUUUAUCGAGCACCGGAAAUCAUGCUGGGCAUACCUCAUGACUACGGUAUUGAUUUGUGGUCUAUCGCCGUUACUAUUUAUGAAGUUUACACUGGGAAAAUCAUGUUUCCAGGCAAGAGCAACAAUCAUAUGCUUAAGUUGAGGGAUCGGUCACGUCGCAGCACUGUUGUACAUGAUGCUCUAUUGAUUGAUUUUUUCGAGUUGAUUUUCGAGCGGAACAAAGCCUGUUUGAGAUUUUUAGUUCAAUGA